UCUAACCGGAAGGCGACAGCGGCGGUCAAGUUAAGCACCCCAGUCGCUGUCGGGCGCGCCGCCGACGAGACCACCACCACCUCCAUCCAACCAAACCAGUAGGCUCUAGGCAGGCGGAAGCGCCUCCCCCUCCACCUCCAUCCCCUUGUGUGGAGACCUAAGCAAGCAGCAUACACCAAUCGCCGAUCCGGACCAUGGACGCCAACUGGCGGCCCACCCAAGGGUCGGACCCCGCCGCCCUAGGCGAUUGGCGCGCCCAGCUCCAGCCCGAGGCGCGCAGCAGGGUCGUCAAUAAGAUAUUGGAGACUCUGAGGAAGGUCCUGCCAGUAUCUGUGCCAGACGAACUGAACGAACUUCAAGAAGUCGCCAGGCAAUUCGAAGACAAGAUCUACACUGAAGCAACCAAUCAGUCUGAUUAUGUGCGGAAGAUAUCUCUGAAAAUGGUCUCUAUGGAGACGAACAGACAACAGGCUCAUGGAAAUGCUCAAGUGAUUCCAAAUCAAAACAACUCAGCUCCUGCACUCCCUCCACAAGGCAGAAAUCAAGCACAGACAACAAAGAGACAAUCUUCACAGCAACCCAUGAUGCAAAUGUUGUCUGGCCUUCACCCUGGGCAGUCCACCAUUCCACAGACACAGCCAAUGGCCAUGCAGUCGGCUACUCAGAGUGGUACUCAACAGAAUCAAUUGAAUUUCGUACAACAGUCUGUGCAAUCAUUACUCCACCAACCUCAGCAAACUGUUGGGAGGCAGCAGCAACAAGCACAUCCCUCCAUUCAUCAACAGCCUUCGCUGCAUAGUCAGCAGCCCAAUAUUCCUUUACAGCAGCAGCAACAGCAGUUGAUGGGGCACCAGCCAAAUUUACAACAAGAUCAGCUAAUUGGUCAACAUAAUGGUGCUGUGGAGAUGCAGGAGCAACAGAGGCUACCAGUUCAGUCAAAUAUUCUUUUGAACGUGCAGCAAACACAGCAGAUGUUGAAUCAGCCGUAUAUGCUUCUGCAUCAGACACAUCAAUUGGGCUCUCAGGCAAACAUGGCGAGUCUACAGCAUCAGCAACUUCUUGGAACUGUGCCUUACAUGCUCUUGCAACAAAAUAACAUGGAUCCGAUUCAGGCACAGAGAGGCCUUCAAGAAGUUUCCUCUAGUAACUCUACUGCUCAAACAGGUCAUGAAGAUGCAGAUGCAGAUUAUUGGCAAGAGGAGAUAUAUCAAAUGGUCAAGAUGUUGAAGGACCAAUACUUUGCAGACCUUAGUGAACUGUUCAAUAAGAUAUGUGUGAAGCUACAGCAUGUUGAGAGCAUUAUACCACCUCCGAUUCCAUCCGAGCAGUAUGAUAGAAUGAAGAGCUUUAAAACAUUGUUGGAACGUAUAUUACAGAUGCUGCAAAUUAGCAAGAGUAUCAUCCAACCUGCCAUGAGGGACAGAGUUCCGCAAUACGAGAAACAGAUUAUCACUAUCUUGAAUUGUCUAAGGAAGGCAGUGCAGCCACAAGUGCAGCAAUAGUUUCAGCAGAGCCACCUGCAGCUGCAGGACAAGCUCUUAAUUCUAGCAUUUCGCAUUAGCAAAGUUAUUGUAGAGUUUGGUUAGAAGACUGGUGGAGGAAGUUUCAGUUUGAACUGAAUUAUGGUUGCUGGGAAAGUUUCAUUUUUCUUUUCUUUACUACUAAUUGAGAUCCCAUCUGUAUGCACCUGAACCGUGUUUGAUUGAACCGAUGGCCGGGCCCAUCUCUUGGAGAGAGGCUCGGUGAAAUAGGCAUGUUGGGGCUAGUGCUUAGUUUUGAGAUAAUA